UUGACUUUGUGUUGUACACUACAACUGUUCAAGUUGAAGGAGAAAACUUAUUGCAGAAGAGAAAUAUAAAAAAAAAACACUAUCUAAAACCAAGAAGAAGGAAACGAUUUUGAAAUGCAGAACUAAUCAAUGGCAACGAUGGAUGAUACAAUGCAGCAGAAACUCGAGAAUUUCCCAGAGUUUGGAGUUUUCCAGGAGAAAGGCAGGGCUUUCAGCACCAGUACCCCCCUAGUCCACAAUAAACUUAGUGAUUCCCUCCCUCCUCGAUCCCUCUCCACCAGUGCCUGGUCCCCCAAUGACAGUGGGUAUGCUGACUCUAUAUCUAGUGAUGACACUUGUCAAGUGACUCCCAACGCAAGCAAGGAAAGUUUUACACAGUUCCGAACCAAUUUGGACCUUAGUCCAAGUCCUCCACAGAUCUCUCAGAAACGUAGUGUGUCACAAACUGACAAAUUUGUGCCAAGGUUUUCAUUAGGUUUUCAUACCCUGGAUUAUGAAAUUCCAGAGGAGGAACUGGUGUUUGAGAAAUUCUCUCCGAACAAGAGUCCGAUUCCACGAUACAGUCUAGAGGAUGAAGAAAUGUGUUCAGAGGAAACAGAGGCCAGCGCCGCAGCUUCCCAGGCAUUAGACUCUGAGUUAACUAAGACAUUUGAUGCUGUGUUACAGCAGUGUAUGCCCAAGGUACCAGACAGGAUGAUCGGGAGAAAGAUGGGACUGGAGCGGAUGGACCUGGUCAGUGAGCUGAGUGACCGAGGGAUGGUGGUCAUCCUGGAGAAGAUUGCUAGCUAUCUACAGGCCACAGAUUUACGAAGAAUGUGUAGGGUUAGUAGGAAAUGGACGUCAGUGUGCAGUAAAUGGACCAUCCAAAAACAGCGAAGACCAAGGUCACUGAAGCGUGUAGACAAGGAGAAUGUGAGGCACAAGGUCCCAGAAGAACUUGACACUGCCCGGAAAGGUCUGACUGUGGGAGAGACAACAACAUUAUGUACGAUCCAAGCUAUACAAGAAAGGGUACCCCCGCUCUCCUCCAUAGGCACACAGAAGGACUUGUUUGUACAGACAGCACAGUCACUGAAGAAUGAGGAGAAAAUGACCAAGUGUCCCAUGUGCCAGCAGGCCGCUAUAGUGUACCCAGUCCAGGAGAGGGGAAUGUGCCAAUCAGAGAAGUGUCAGUUUGACUAUUGCGUAAAGUGCUUCUAUCCAUUUCAUCAAAGUAAGCCCUGUGAAUCAUUGACAGUUCCCAAACGUAGUAAAGAUUCCAAAAUAGGAGGGAAGCAUGGGAAGAAGUUUCUGAGGCGGUUAUAGCACAAGUUAUAUGGACUGUUCUGAAGGAGAUUCAUCCCCUCCCUAGUCAGCACCACGCAGUGGUGACCAGAACCAGAAGGCAGCUAUCCCACCCAGAGGUAGAACAGUACAGACUGGACCUUACAGACCCAUGACAGUAUACUUAGGUCAGGGACAGCUCAGCUGAAGAGUACAGAAUACUGCUGAAAUCAACUAGCUGUACAAGGGGUCCAUUUUCUAUUUUGGCCCUGCUACCUCCCACCAAGCCAAGACAAUGAGGCACCACCCAAUGUGUUCAAUACUUUCAUGUGUUCCUUUUGCCAAAUGUGUUCAUUUUGUGCUCAAGAUAAGAGCAUCUUUAUUGUUUAUAGCAUGCAUUUAUUUUUAAUAUAAUAUUGUUGUUUUUUUUUCCUUUGAUAUUUUAAAUAAUUUUUUUAACUCUAAAUUUUUUUAAAAAUAUUUUAUUGGUGUUACUAUAAGCCACACAAUUCCACAAGAGUGAAAUGAAUUUUAUACUGCACAUUAUUUUAACUUAAUCAAAUUUUUUUUUAUUAUUUAUACAAAACACUGAAAAAUUUACAUGAGGAAUUUUCCAAAACAAGAAAUAUUGCAUUCAUGAACAAUUACAUCUUGUAACUAUUGAAACAUUUCACAAUCAAAUGUAUCUAGUACUUAGUUGUGAUGCAAUACAUCAAACGAAUCUCGGGCAUGAUACAAAUUCACUUUACAUUACAACACAGAAUAUUGCUUUAUACAGAUUUAUUAUGUAUGGUUGAUCAUAUGUUCAAAGAUUAUAUUUUGAAUAAAUUUAUUUCUUUAAAUUUAAA